CAGCUCAGCCAGGCAGGCCUGGGAGGGAGUGGGACAGAUUCUGGGAGUGCAGCGGGGAGGAGUCCUGGCUGGGCUGAGCUGGGGAGCUGCUUGGCAGUGCCAGAGCCCAGGCCCCAGAGCCCUGCUGGAGAGGAGGUGGACCGAGGAGGCAGGCCCCGGGAGGAGUGAGGCAGUGAGAUGGCGGACAGCUACACAGAGCUGGAGAAGGCGGUCGUGGUCUUGGUGGAAAACUUCUACAAAUACGUGUCUAAGCACAGCCUGGUCAAGAACAAGAUCAGCAAGAGCAGCUUCCGGAAGAUGCUUCAGAAAGAACUCAAUCAUAUGCUGACGGACACCGGGAACAGAAAUGCUGCUGACAAGCUCAUCCAGAAACUGGAUGCCAACCACGAUGGGCGCAUCAGCUUCGAUGAGUACUGGACCUUGAUAGGCGGCAUCACGAGCCCCAUUGCCAACCUCAUCCGCCAGCAGGAGCAGCAGAACAGCAGCUAGAGGACCCUUCCCACCAUCCCUGCAGGCACUGCCCCAAGUCUGCCCCAGAUGUCCUUCCCGGCCUUCCUCCUCAGCCUCUUCGGCCACCCAGCCCUCUGCACUGGCUUCCCCCUCCAGAGCUUCUGACCCCUGUUGAGCUGGAGGCAGGGGGAUCUUAGAGCUCCUUUUAGAGUGUCUCAGUCUGGGGGUCCCUCCCCAAGGGUCUCAGUCCCUGGAGCCAGCAGACCCUAGGGGUCCUGUGAGAUUUCCAUGCUGUUUGGGGUCCCCAAGAGUUCCCUCACCUGUUCAGUCAAUGCAUCCGAUGCUCCUGCCUGCUGUUGCCCGAUGCUGGAGGUCAGUUUGCUGCUUCAGGUCUUUCUGCCCCUGGCAGCAGCAGCGACCGCUCUUCUCUCCCUCAGCCCCUCCGCUGGGUGGAGAAGACUUCCAGGGACUCCCUACCAACUGCCUCUGGGUCUGGGAAUGAGCUAAGGGGGGUUGAGCCCCUCCCUCCUGCUCAAUCAAAGGAUGGCAAUAAAGGUUGGAUUUAGAGUUUGCAUUCUCCUUACCCAGUCCCUUUGUGAUAUUCAUUAAAACCUUUCCAUCCCUUGGAACCUCCUCAUGCCUUGGUAGUCUCUGCUCUGGGCCCCUAGAGAAAUCCUCCAGAGAAAUCCCAGGGGCAGAGCAAGAAAGCAGCCAGAACUGUGGGUCCCAGCAGGUGCUGUCAGCCCUGGGUUAGCAGCCUUCCUUCCUGUGCCACCUGUCACUGUCUCUGGGCCUCUUAGCCCAGACUUUGGUUCAUUUUCAUCUUCAGGCACACAGGGUAUCCAGUAAGUUCUCCUGUUAUAGUGCAGGGGAGCGGCACCCCAGAGCCUCCAAACCUGCCUGCUCUAAAUAGGUUCUGCUAUCCGCCACAUCAACACAAAACAUGUAAGACUUUAAUGGGAAGGAACUUUAAUACAAUGAGUAAACAAUACAGAAAAGACAAAGAAUAUAGUUUCAAAUCAAACACCGAAAGUUACCCGUCCCCUCGUGGGUAAAAGUCCAUCCAAACGGGAUUGGCUCAGAGCAAGGCCCGAAAGCCUGCCACAAGUCUAAAGCAAUUUCCAGUGGGGACCCACAGAAAAGGAUCAGAAACAACCAGGCAAGUUUAGGAGAAAAAAAGAGCAACAUCAAAUUCAAGAUAAAAGCUGCCAUUGUUGGGCCUCCCCAGUGGCACAGCAGUUGAGCGCUGGGUUGUGAAGCUGCCCACUGCCGCGGCUGGUUCGAUCCCCGGCCAACGGGCGAGGGUCCCACAUGGCGCCAGACCUCUCCUGCCGCCCGCUGCUCCCCUCAGCAGUGUACUUCUUCAGUCUGCUUGUUCUGCUCCCCACUCUGGCUCUGGUGAAUUCUCUCACCCUCCUGCGCUUCUGACUGUACCCAGUGCUUGU